AAAGACUCAUCAAGAUAUUUUGCUUAAUUAUAUUAAAAAAAGAUUGCUCAUAGACAUUUUAGCUCUAUACAUUCUCCUCUUUCCAAAUUUAUAUUUUUUCAAAUAAUAGGAAUACAUAUUUCUAAUCCUUAAAAUUAAUUCUCUACUAGAACUUAUUGAUAAAUUUAAAGAAAAUAUAUUUAGUAUUGUCAAAUAGGAGCUUUUUAAUUUAUUUACUUUGAUAACUCUAGAUAUAUUAGCUGGCCAUAUAGUAGCUUGCUAAUGGGUAGAACUAGGUUAAUGGUAAAAAUUAAACAAUAUGGAUAAUUGGAUAGAUCUUUCUGGUUUAUAAAAUGUAAGUGUAAUUAGUGUUUAUAUAAAAAGUCUUUAUUUUAGUAUAGUUACAAUGAAUACAGUAGGAUACGGAGAUUUUACACCAAAAACAGAUUUAGAGAGAGUUAUUGACGUAAUGAUUAUUUUGAUUGGAUGUGUGCUUUUUGGAUAUAGCAUAAGUAAAAUAGGUACUAUUUUAUAGUCUAUAACAAAGAAUAGAGAGUAACUUAUUUAAUCUAUGGGUGGUGUUAACUUAUAUAUGAGAUAAAAUAAUAUAGAACUGGAUUUACAAAAUAAGAUUAGAAAAUAUUUGGAAUAUAUUUACAUAAAAAGAGAUUAAGAAAUCUAAUCUAAUGAGUUCAUAAAUUAACUUUCAAAUAAUUUAUAGAGAGAAAUAUUGAUUAAAGUUUAGGGAGAAGCACUAAAAAAAAUAGACAUUUUUAUGAAUAAUUUUAGUAAUUAAUUUAUUGAGGAGCUGUCUUUAAAAGUUAAGCAAAUUUAUUUUUGCUCUGAUGAAAUCAUUCAGGAAGAAAAUAAGCACAUUGCUAAUCCUUCCAUUUUUAUACUUAACUAAGGAAGAGUAGAGAUUAAUUUUAGAGAGUCAACUUGUAGAACUCUUAAGGAAAAAGGAGAAUACUUUGGGCAAGUUGAAUUCUUUAAAAUGGAAUAUCAAUCUUGCUACACCAUUAAAAGUUUAGGAAUGUCAUCACUUUUCCAAGUUAGUUUGAUAGAUUUUAUGAAUUUGUUAGAAAAAUAUCCAAUAGAAAAAGAAACUUUUUACAAAAUAUCUCACUCAGUAAAAUUUUAUCAAAGCUAUUAACAAAUAUCUACAGCCUGUAGAAUUUGUUGCAGUAUUUCUCAUAUUGAGAACGAUUGUAAUUAUACUCAAUACAAGCCAAAUCAUUUUAAGUUAGUAAAAUAAUUACACAUGACAUAACAAAGAGAAAAGUUCAAUUAAAGACAAUUAAAUAAAUAUAACUCAAUUUUAAACUAGAAAUGCGUAGAAAAUGCUUUGUAUUCUACAGACGAGGAUGAAGACAGUGAAGAUUUUAGUUAAACACCACUAUCAAAUACAGUUAAUGGCAUGCAAAACUAAUAAAUAAAUAAUUUAGAAGGAAAAAACGAUUUACAAAAUGAUUCUUUUUGCAGUAAUACAUUUGAUUUGCAACAUAGUCUAAAUGAAGAAAAUCAAACUGACCUAAAUAAUGAAUGCAUUACUUUAAUGCAAAAAAAAAUUAGUUAACAGUAAAAAGAACAAGCUCAAGCGCCUAGUAAAGGAUAAAUUAUAUAAGUUUUUGUUUAAUAACCUUCUAAAGAAAUAGAAGUUAUAAAACAAUUAAAUUUUAAGUAAAAAUAAUCUCAAUCAGACCUACAUGAAGUUCAGAGUCUAAGCAGGAAAAGUAUAGCUAGUAUUUCAUCAAAAAAGAGAAGAGGGAGUUUAAGCUUAGCAAUAGAUUAAUUUUAAUCAAAAUCCUUUCUCGAUCAAAAAUAGACAACAAGCAUUGGUAUUAUAGAGUAAAAAGAUUAAAAUAGUUUUGCUAAUAUUAAAAAUGAAAAAAUGUAAAGUAUGAUAAAAUUAAAUGUUUCUUAAAUACCACAAGUUGAAUAAAUAAAAGAUUUCAGAAACAUCUCAAAAUCUCAAGAUAACAUAGCCCAUUCAGAUUAAAAUUUACCGAUCUCUGAGCUUCAAUAAAAAGCUUUUUCUUAAAUUUAAAUACAAGAAUAUAAUAAUUCAUAGCUACUAGAUGAUAAAAUUAAUGAAAAUUAUGAUCGAUAUAAUUUUAACUAACAAGGCUAGACCACAAAAAGCAAUACAGCUGAAAUAAUUUAAUAAUAACAACAACUAAAACCAAAAUAAAUAGAAUUUAAGAAAGAGAAUUAAGAAUAAAAUGAUCAUAAAUUGUCUGCAAAUAGAAGAAGAUCUCUUCCAUUUUUGUAAUUAGGAUCUCCCCAUAAAUAAAAAUAAAAUGAAAUAAUUUUAAAUAACUAAAGUUUUUCAAAUAUCCAAAAUGAAAUCAUUCAAGAUAAUCAGCUAAUAAAUUAUCCUAAUAACCCUUCUUUUAUAAAUUUAAACAGUUAGUUAGCAAAUCAUUUUGAUUCUUUAAAAACAUAACUAAUUGAAUUUAUGUAGUAAAAUACAUUACAAACUUAGUAGGUGUAAUAAUAGUAAUAGCUAAUAUAGCUGAAUCCUAGAAAACAACAAUAUUAUUCCUAAAGUUUUGGAUCAAAGCUAUAUUUUAAGUAAGCAACAACAGAUUAAAAUAAUUAUGGUUCAUAAAAUGUGUCUCAUAAAUUAGAGAGUUAACUCGAUGACAUUGGAAAAGACUAUAAAAUAUAUUUCCCUUAAAAUAAUAAAUCAAAUGUUCUCAAAAUAAUUAAUAUAAGAAAAUAAAAAACGGGGGGAUUAAAUAAGAGUAAAUUCAAGCAUAGAAAUACACAGAAAGUUAUUAAGUAAAAAAAAAGUGAAUUUUUGAAUUAAAAAUGAAAAAUUUAACUAACUUAGAUCUUAAAACUUAGUUAUUAACUUGAGUUAAAUCUUAUCAAAAAUCAUUUAAUUUAGGAAAACUGAAUAUUCCUUUAAAAAAUCUCAUUUAGUUAAAUAAAUAAAUCAAUCAAUCAAUAAAAAAAUUUUGAUUUAAUUUAUUGUAAAAUAAUUUCAAAGCUUGUUAAAAUUUAAAAAAUUAUUUCUUUAGAUAUAAAAUAAUAAAUUAUGCUUACUUAUUUUUGGGCAUCCUUAAAGUAAAAAAUAUAAUAUUAUAAAUUAGAAGAUAGCUGAAAGCCUGUUUGUUUUCAAGUGAAGAAAUAAAUCUAUUUAU